CCGUCGGGCAAAUACUGGCGCCUCCCCUGCUUUACAGACUAUAAAACAACAAGUCGUCUUCAUCAGGGUGAAUGGAUGGCAAUCCAAAAAAAAAACUGUAAUUAUUGGGUAAUACAAAACUGUAUGAACCUGGCAAAACUAUACGCGUGGUGGUGGAAGUUCAAUGAAAAUGGCGGAAAACACUGGAGAGGCCACUCAUAUUCAGGAGUCAAAGGAAGCUGCUGUUAUGGAAGCUGAACAGAAGGAAGAUGUUAGUGUGACUGAUGUGACAGAUUCUGUCAACAACAUGAAGUUAAAUGAAACAGUAGAUGAUAGUGUGCCAGAAGUACCUGCACAAGAGAUUCCAGAUGAAUUAGAAAGUACUACCACAGCAAAAUACGAAGAUCCUGGCAAUAGUAAAGAGCAGCCAUCUGUUGAUAAUGAGCAGGAUGCUGCCUUGGAGGAGAAUUCCAAUAGCUUAGAAAAGACAGAGCAAAAUAAUAUUAGCGAGGAUUGUGAAUAUGCGGGUAGUUGUGUUGAUCCUGUUGUCGCUCCUCCCCCCCAGAAAACUGGGGAGGAUGAUCCUCAAGGAACAACUGACGAGGAUGAUCCUCGAGAAACAACUGAGGAGUAUGAUAGUCAAGGAAAAACUGGGAAGGAUAAUCCUCAAGAAAUGAUUGUGGAGGAUAAUUUUCAAGGAACAAGUGAGGAGAUGAACUCUGAGAGUCAUAAGUUGACUGCUAAAGAAGUAGAAAAAGCUGAAGAAAUGGAAACAGAAAAUUCUGAAGAUGAACAUGACGACGAGGGUUCUGAUUUUGAAAAUACUGCACCAGUGAGAAGAAGAAGAGGCGUCUCUAGUGAUGGGGAAGAGGAGGAAGGAUUAGAAGAACAGGUUGUAGAGUCUGAUGGAAAUAUUUCAGAGGAGGAGGAUGAAAGAGAUGUAAUUAUAGAAAGUGAAGGAUAUGAAGAUGGUGAUAUAGAAGAGCCAGAAGAAACGAUUGAAGAGGAAAAGGAAAAGGAAAAAGAAGACACGGAAAACCCACAAUUUGUUCCAAAACAUGGUAUGUUUUUUAUGCAUGACAAUCGAACCGAUGCUUCAAGUGAAGAGACAAAAGACUCACCUGCAAAAAAGAAACUCUGGGAUGACAAAGGGAAGUGGUCACAUGAUCGCUUUUUGUUAGAGGAGCAAGGACCAAAGUCAUACAGAGAUGUGAUCAAUGUGUAUGGUUAUGACAUCAGAGAAAAAGACUAUCCGCCUACUUCUAGUAGCUACACAAGAGGGAGGGGUGGCCGUGGUCGAGGAAGGGGAGGUCAACGUUCAAGACCUCUUGUAUCAGAUUAUAUUCAAAAUUCUGCAAAAACUGUUGAUCAUACAGAAACAUCAAGAGGGUCAACACAAAGGAGGGGUUUUGGAAGGGGACUUCAGAGAGGACGAAGGAGAACAUAUCCAAAGCAGUCAGAGGAAAGAAUGGUUGAUGAAGUUAAUGAAAGUAGCCCCGACACAACACAAACAUAUAGAAAUACAUAUCAAGAAAAUCAUAGCAAAGAUGCAUAUACUAAGCAUGAAAGUAGAUAUUCAAAUCGAGAGGAUUACAACAGGAGGAAUAGAUCUGAUAACAGGGAUUUGCAGGCUAAACAGAAAAUAUAUGAUAAUGAUGAGUCACAAAGAAAAUCAAACCGAGGAAGAAAUAGCAAUUAUCAGAGAAGGGGAGGUGAUGAACCGUACGAAACAACGGGCAGGCAAGAAAGUAGGGAUGAUGAUAAGCGAGAUACACGAUACAGGAAUGAAAGGUCCAGGGACACUUAUGAAAUUGAACCGAAAGACUACAGGUUUAGAAAUAGAAAUCCGGAGCAUAGAAAUAGGUUCAAAGAUGGAGAGACAUUUGAGGGGAGUAUGAAAGAUACCUCUGAAAAAAGAAAUGAAGCAAACAGAGGCAAUAUAGAUUUUAGAUAUAGCAGAAGAGGUGGUUUUAAUGAAGGAAAACAAAGAGGAACGUCAAAUGAAAGCACAUUUACUGAAAAGAAAGUUCCUAUUGAGAACCAAGGUGAUGUUAGAGACGAUAAAAUGUCAAGGGUGUCGGCCACUGAAGAAGAAUGGCCAACUCUUGGAAGACAACCAUCCCAAGGCAGUAGUAAUACAGAUAAUGUGUUACCAAGUUCACAGCCAAAUGAGUGGACAAAUAAAGAAUUAAGGACAGUCAAAAAAGAAUCACCUACGUUACCAUCAAACACGAAGACACAACAUACUAAAAAUCCAGUAGAAAAUAUUGUUACUAAAGAUAGAAUAUCAAAAACUAAAGACAGUGAUACUUCUGUUGAAGAGUCUGCCUAUUCACGAGAAUCUAAGUCAUUUUCUCAAAGGCGCCAUCAGCGUAGCACUAUAAAAGAAAUACCAAAGAUCCCGGUGACGCCCAGUAAAGAUGCGCAUCCGCAGGUUGCACAGGAAGCUGGCAGUUUUGAUCACGUCCAGCCGACGAGUCCAGCACCGAAGCUGCUUCAGAACUUCCAGAUACGUGUGGAAGGAGGCCAGAGAAAGAUUAUUGAUGAUUCGAAUAAGAAGUCAGAAGAGCACUCUACCAGUAAAGAUGAGCCUACAGAUGCCACGAACAUAUCUAGUGCAACUGGUGGAAGGGGAGGCAGCAGGCCGCAUCGGUAUUCCUCUCAGCGCCAGAGGACUUUAGAAGCAAGAGCUGGUAUCCCACCCUCAAGUUCAGAAUCACCGCAACAUUAUUUUGAACCAGGCUAUCAAGCUCAAGUUUACCAGAGUGAUGGAACACCACCACCCAACAUAUCUGAUCCAUCGCUCACACCUACGCACGGAAUGAUGCGACAAACAACAAAGCCGUCUGGUUCACCAUCGCCAAGACUGUCGACCCAGAGGCCACCGCCAUCAAUGCCUGAUUCUAGACCACCACAAACUCAGUUAUCUGAUGCCGCAGCCUUGCUACCAAAUAGAUUACCAGUUCAAGGUUUACAACAUGCAGCGGCAACCCACCCACGGAAUACAGGCAUGUUACAUCCGGCUGUAUCCAUGGGGGCACAUCCACCUCAAGGGGCUUUCCCUCCUACGACAUUUGUGAAUGUGCAUUAUAAUCCGGGCCACCCAGUUCCUCAACCGGUACACACAAGACCUACUCAAGGACAUCCAGUGCCACCUCCUGUGCAUGCUAGCCCUGUGCAGGGACAUCCUGGGCCGCCGCAUGGGCAUCCAAGACCAGCCCAGGGGCUAACAGGACCUAUCAACGCUCCGUUUCAGAUUGGUGGGCCGGUACCUGUUCAGCAUUUUCCAGUUAAUACUGUACCACAGGCAGGAGUUGGUGCAACACAAAACCUACCGUCGAUGGGUCAACAGAUACAGCCAGAAGUAAUUUUAGAUAAUCUUCGCGGACUUACUUAUAAAGGAGCAACCUACUACUCACCUGAAAUACAGCUCGGUAUGCAGCGAGCUCCACAGAGACGGCAGCCACAACCUGUCAGGAUUGAAGCGCCCCCUGAGUCGCAUUAUACUGUACCACAGGCAGGAGUUGGUGCAACACAAAACCUACCGUCGAUGGGUCAACAGCCACAACCUGUCAGGAUUGAAGCGCCCCCUGAGUCGCAUUAUGUAGAGCAAUAUCAAGGGACAGAGAAUUCCUGAGAGAAUACCUGAAAGAAUUAGUAAAUCAUUUCUAAUUUAUUCGCUAUCAUAUUCGUCCUUAAGUGUGAACAACAUGAUUUGAUAGUCAAAUUUGAGUGUAAGCCAAGUCUCUUCAUUUUAAGACGUGCUGUGGGUUAAUACUAUAUUCUAUUGUGUAUUUGCUAAGCAUGGCAUUUAAUAGAAUUAUGCUUUUAGGGUAUGUACUUAGAAUAAUAAUACAGUACACUGUUUGUACUUACAUUUUAGGAACAUGUCUUUUCAGCACUUUGAAAUGUCAAUAUGAAUGCAAAUUUAUUAUUAUUAUUAUUAUUGUUAUUAUUAUUAGGGCGAAAAAUGUUGUGUUGGCCUUGCACACUGAUAUUUGGGUAGUUUGGUUAGCUGUUUUUGGUUCCUAUGCAUAGCAAUUAGAAGAGUUGCAAUGAACUUGACAUACGUAAUGCCUGAGUGUGUGUGUGUGUGUGUGUGUUUGUGACAAUGAGGUUGUAAGCAGCAAGUCAGAAAACCUGCACAUAUGUUGGUUCUCCAGUUUUGUUGUUGAUUUACUUUUGGGCGUGUCUUUGGUGAUCCUUUUUUAAUUUUUGAUAUUUUUUUAUUUUUUUUUUGCUUUUUACCUAAUACACAAAAUCAGGUAAAUCCCAGGGCCUUAUUUAUCAAUAUAAACAACCCCUACUUCUGCAGAGAUUAAAAGGUAUCAUUCCUAUUUUGUCCUCAAAAGCUACUCAUUUCAAAUCAUACACUGAGCUUUUGCCCGUUGAGGGGCUGAUACAUGAAAUUUGAUGUAAGUAGGAGGUGGCCUUACACCCGAAGCAUGCUUAUACCUAGGGCACUAUGGUUCUCUAGCAUAUUGCAUCUCAUUGUAAAAAUAAAUAACACAUUGCUUGCAUAGGAACCAUAGUCUUAAAAGGGCCUUGUUUAUCUUUGGAUUUUUUUUUUGACUGUGUACCCUAGGUCUAAUUCAAGGUUUUUGGUAUACCAACCAUCACUCACAUCAUAUUCUUUAAUUGGUAAUGUGGUAACCACAGGGCUAAAAAAGAAUUAAUGAAGUUAAUGUCCGAGAUAUGUUAAUUAUACCUUCAAAGUGACCAUUUUAGGUUCCUCAUCCGGGAAAAAGUAUAUUCCCCAUUUGUCCAUCCCCCACUCCCCCCCACAAAAAAAAAAUAAAAUAAAAAAUAGGAAAAAAGUCUAUUCUGAAUUUUCGAAAAUUAGUAUUGGUUGGGCUAUAGCAACAUUAUAUUUUGUUUGUCGUUGUUAUUGUUUAUAAAUUAAUGUGCUGUGUUUGUGUUAGCUGAUUUACAAGCAUAAUAAUGUAUUUUUUUGGUAUUGUAGCUUAUAAUUUCUACUUGUAAAUGUAUUUUUAAAUUCAUUUUUAUCUAAUUUAUACCAGUGUACCAUUUUUUUUAUUAGUAAUUAUGUAGAUCUAGAACAUGGCUGAUUUGUUUAUUUGUUAAAUAUACAAAAUUAACUGGAGUGCGCAAGUCAUCUUGGAUUUUGUUUAUAUUCUUAUAGUUUACAGUGGUAGGUGGCAGAUCUAGGAAUGUGAAAUCUGGGGCCCAGUAGGGAAUUUCACAGUGUGUGUCCACACUACAUCACCUCCACCAUGGUUGGGGCUGAGGUACAAAAUGGUAUGUCUAUGGUACUUAUAGAUGGUCAGAAAUACCACUCUCACAAACAUUAUAAUGCAAUUUUCUUUUUUCCCGUUUGAAAAAAAAAUCAAAAGCCACCCUUGAAUUUACCUCUGCUUUGUUUAAAAUUUUAUCAACAAGUAAAACUCAAAAUUUAUUUCAGUUUUUGGAAUCAGGCACCUGUAUCUUGGAAAAUAUUGGCCUAAUUGGACUAAAUUUUGAAUUAUUUGUAGCGACAGAAAAAAACUAAGUGAGUUUUAAAACUAAAUUCAAGAUGGUAACUUACACACCCCUGUUAAUUUGGGAUAGAAUGACUCAAUUAUACCCUAUAUUUUUUUUAUUUUUUUUAUAAAUGACAGAUGUGCUUUUAGCCAUUCUUUAUUUAUAUUAAUAUUUUUUCUAAAGAGAUUUAUUGUCUUUUAUUAGAUGUUGCGAAAGAAGAAAGUAUAAUUAGUUUAACACUAUGUAAUUAGUUUGACAUAACCUUGGGCAGCUUAAUCUCCUUACAAUAGAUUGCACGAUUAUAUAUUGAGCUUGUGACCUUAUAAAGAAAAUUAUCAUCUGAUUUUCUUAACAAUUCAUUCACUGCUAAUUAUGUGGACAGGUUGAAUGUCUUGUUCAUUCAUAUCAUAGUCCUGUAUAUCAUCAGUUAAUUUUAAUAUAGAUGAGUUAAACCUUUAGAGUAGAAUUUGAGAGUGAAAGGAUUCGUUAGCUGAUGGUUCAAAUUACAAUGUGGAUUUGAAUUAAGAGAGAUAAAGGACUGGUUGAUUAUUAACUCAAAUUAACAAACAGAAACGCGAAAACAGCAUUAGAGAUUUUUAAUGGAGCAUUUGGUUAGAAUUAGGUGAUGAUGGAAUUCAAAAUACAGAAUGUUUGCGGAUUAUCUGGAUCAUAUUAAAAUGCAAAGUCAAGCUACACUUAAUGUUUUUUUCACAAACUUUCUGCAGUGCUUGGACCCUAGCUUUCAAGUACAUUACCAAACUAUAAACACUAUAUUGUGCACUAGUUUUUUGACUAUGUGUAUGUUAUGUAGUACCAAUGAAAACAAAAAUUGAAAUUAGUAUAUGAUUUAACAAGUGUUUAUUUUAAAGUUUGCUUUACACUAAUUAGUAUUUACAAGAAGCAUUUUUUUUAAUUGCCAUACGGGUGUGAUUGCUCAAUGCAGCCAUAGAGCAAAGCUGUUUCUUUGCUCUAUGAGAUGCAGCAAAGUUGGUAGAUAUUGUGUGUGCGCUGAACCUUGACGAUCAUUGGAAUAUCUAGGUCAGUUCCAUGCAGGUCUACUCCGGCGCAAUUUUAAAUAGUGUUGGUAUUGAGAAACUGUAGAAUUUAAUUUGAAGAUGUUUGUAAGCAGUGAUUUUCUUAUUAUAGAUGCUUGGUAUUGAUUUAUUUUAAAUUUAAUAUGAUGAUUACUUGUGUAAUGCCAUAGAAUUGUGUUCCUAAUGAUAAACCGUUCAGAGUAAAUUGCUGGAGAAAAGAAAAACACUAAUGUGUUGUUAGUUAUAUAGCAAUACCUCAUUAUUGGUAUUAUGUUGGUUGUUUUGCAUUGCACAGUGGUUUGUACAUUACUGUAUUUAACAAGAUAAAAAAAAAAUUCUUUAAGACAAUUGA